UUCGCCACUAUCGUUCCUGUCGCGGCGGCGUUCGCGCGCGUGCACACGCUCGACCGUUCGUCAAGUUCACGAAAAGUCCAGAGUUCAUGUGCGACUUCUCACACGCGUGUAACGCAUGUACGCUAACCCUUGGCAUCGUACACCCCGCACGAAUACGUCACACAGUGGUGCGAUUGCUUUCUUUCCUUCUCGUCGCGCGUAUUUUGCCGAAUAGUUUCGCCUUGUUUUCGUGUACCAUCGAAUUUUGAAUCGACGACGCGCGUGCGGGACUGCGGUUUUUGCAUGGGACAUGUGUGCCACUUGGGACGAGCCGGAGGAUCCACCUGCUGCUUUCACCGACAGGGAUUAGGCGAGCAGUCACGACAGAUGGCCUGAGUCACGGAGCAGAUCUCCCAUGGACCGUUCACGAAAAUCGGAGGAUGACUCACAGUCGUAUAUCUCCGCGGGAUUUUCACGUCGACGAUGUGGAUCCGCUGUGAUCAGGAUGAAUCUGAGAUCGAUUCUAGUCUUGACGAUGCUUAGCGCGGCCGGCGUCUCGUCGUCCUACAUGCCCGACAAGUAUCCCGUAGAAGUAUAUCACAUGUUACAAGAAAGAACGCAGUUCGGAAUUGAGCGUGACAAUAGAGUGAGGGGCACUUGGGGUACGUGGAGCGAAUGGAGCGAGUGUUCUAGAUCCUGCGGCACUGGUAUCCAGUCCCAAUCUAGGGAAUGCGUUCCUCUACGGAGACUUUUGAGGAGGCGAAGCAUUAUCUCGGAGAACGGCACGAGCAGCGUCAGGCCCAUUUGCAUCGGCACAUACAGGCGCUACCACACGUGUAACACUCAGGAAUGCCCGAACUUCCCGGAAGAUCCGCGAGCGGAGCAGUGCGCCAAGUACAAUGGGAGGAACUACAAAGGCCGCAGUUAUGUCUGGGUGCCCUUCGUAGACGCACCGAACUCAUGCGCGCUCAAUUGCCGUGCAGUCGGCGAGCGUUUUUACGCAACGCUUGAACCGGCAGUAAUGGACGGCACGCCCUGCGACGCUCCGAAUCUUCGCGGACGCGGUGUCGGGAUUUCGAUGGAACGCAACGGCGAGCGGUGGCUCUGCGUAGCCGGACAAUGCAAGUCCGUAGGGUGUGAUGGGGUGGUAGGUUCGGGUGCGACGAUGGACGCCUGCGGUGUGUGCGGUGGCCAAGGCAAAAGCUGCAGAUUGUUCGAAGGCAUCUUCAUGGAACCGAUUCUACCCAAGGGUCAUCAGCAGGUGACCACGAUUCCGAAGGGCGCUAUGUCGCUCAACAUUUCCGAAUUGCGAUUCAGCAGUAAUUUUCUAGCGUUGAGAGACAGUAACGGCAGUUACAUCCUAAACGGACCGUGGUCUUACAGUCCCAGUGGUACUUAUAAAGCGGCUGGUACGACAUUAACAUACCAGAGGGGCGAUAGGAACCGCAUGGAGUGCAUCUUGGCAACAGGGCCGUUGAACGAGUCUUUGCAUUUAGAGAUCUUGUCGUUGGACUUAAAUCCAGGCGUUCUCUACAAGUACAUGUUGCCCAUGAGAGAAGUGCCGGACAGCAAAGCGAUUAUCGCACCGCCGCUACUUGUUGCGGGAUCAAACGAUCGGGGCAAUGAAAUACCUAGUCCAGAUACUCACGUGACCGUACGAGUACCCAUCACGAGAAUAUCGGAUCGGCGGAGCGAUUUAUCUUCGACGCAUCGUGAUCGCGAUCCUGCGCGUACGCAGGAUGUCGGACGGAAGGAAGAGAUGAAGCAUCCGCCGACCACGGUGAUGGCGGGCGAUCAGCCAAAGUCAAAGGCGAGAAAGAAGAAGAGGAGGAAGUUCUCCUGGAAAAUAGUUGACUUCGCUCCCUGCUCGAAGGAAUGCGGGGGAGGCGUAAGGAUGGCGAUCCUAAAAUGCAUUCGCGAGAGCAAUCAAACAGUCGUCAAUGAUAAACGCUGCCGGAACUUGGAAAGACCAAAGCAUCCUCCCCCGCUACGAUGCAACGAUCAUCCUUGCGCCGCCAGGUGGCGAGCUGAACCGUGGAGCGAAUGCUCAGUCACCUGCGGGAUCGGUAUUAGGACACGAAAGCUGGAAUGUGUCCAAGAGAAGGCGAAGUUAAUGCGCGUGGCUGCCAGCACGUGUGUCCAACCACCGGAUUUGAGGACUACGGAAGCUUGCAGCUUACCGGCAUGUCCUAACACGGGUCCAGAAUUGAGGCAUAUGCAUUCGCAGCACGACGCACCCAGGUGGAACGUGGGCGCUUGGGGCCCUUGCUCGACCACAUGCGGUCGUGGAAUUCGAAAUCGAACGGUCACUUGCAUAACGUCCGGAGAAUCUUGCUCAUUGGUCAACAAACCCGAAUCCCAAAAGCCAUGCGAAAUAGCAGCUUGUAACAUAGUGAUGGACGUAGGACAUCACGCACCCUGGUUAUAUACAGAAUGGUCUUCUAAGUGCUCUGCGGAAUGUGGAAAUGGUGUAAAGAUCAGACAAGUAGCCUGCGCCGACGGUAGUGAAUUAUUUUGCAAUCCCAAAGAGAGGCCAAACAUGGAGAUGCAAUGUUUUGGACGUGGAACAAACUGCAACAGAGCCAAGUGGUUCACCGGCUCGUGGACUUCCUGUUCAGUCUCGUGCGGUGUUGGCGUGCAACAUCGAGAUACCGUUUGUAUAUCUAGGACGAAUGGCGAAUUCGUCGUGUUACCCGCAAAAAAUUGCAGUGAUCCCAAGCCAACGAAUGAGCAAGUCUGCAGAAUGUCCUUGUGCUCGCCGGAAUGGUUCACCUCGGAUUGGUCAACGUGUUCUACGACAUGUGACUUCGGAAUUCAAACACGUCUUGUACGAUGCAUAAUUGAUGGAGUCAGUAGUGCCAAUUGUUCGGAAAUCGGCAAACCAAUUGCGGAGCAACGAUGUAACAUGGAGCCGUGUAAGAAGCAGUUAGCAGUGAACAAACCACCGAAAAAAGUGCACGAGUCAUCCGAGUGCGUGGACAAAUCUCCAAAUUGUGCUGUAGUAAUAAAAAAUGGUCUGUGCCGAGUGAAAUAUUACAAUAACAUGUGUUGCCAAUGCCGUCAAUAGCUGAGACAGCAAUUUUCAUACGUUCGCAACUCAGUAACCGCGAAUGUGGAGCUGGUGAACUAUCGUUAAGUGAAAAUAUAAAUGUUAAUCGGAACAGGCAAACAAUGCCGAGCGUAAGACUGCUACAAAGAGACCACAACCACGUAUGUAUAAUAUUAUUUAUAUCACGCGACGAGAAACGGAUCAUUCGUCUCUUACGUAGUCAUGCUUUAUUUUGCCAAUCGGAAUCCCGCGCAAGAAUUUGCGAAGAAUGAAUAUCGAUACGGAUGUUCAGAAACGAGACGUUCAUCUCUUCGUUUUAAGUGUUCAUUGUCGAUCGUAUUGUUAGGCUCUUGUAUGUAUAGUCCGUAUUUCACACACACGUGCGUUCACCUGUGAAUGCACUGGUCGUUUACAUUGCGUCGCGCGCGCGUGCGAGUCGAUAUCUGCGUUAUCGCGCGGACAAAUACAGGGCCGUAAUUUUAUCGGAUCGGAACGCGUGUCCGCACAAACACGCCGCUACUGCCCCUGACCGUUUUAUAAGCAGCAUUGCGAUCUUAACUUUUGUAUGUUUGCUUUACAUGAAACAGCGCUUUUGUUACGUUCAAACCUUGAACCUCAAGGUAAAAGAGUACAUAACGACGUCGUUGUUUUUAAGAGAUUAUAUAGUGCCAACUAAAACUAUCACACUGAUAUUAAUUUGCUCGAUGCGAAGAUAGCGAUUAGUCUCGCCACACGAGGCGCAAGUGAGACAGUUCGAAAUAUAUGGUCGGGAAUCUUCUCUUUUUGGAGAAGAGACGGAAUCUAUUAUAUUGAAAAGAAAGUAGAUCGACCUUAAUUCAAAUAUGGCAAAUAUUUAAUGGCACGCGUAACUUCAUCUUAGCAAUAGCAUUAGAAUAAAAAACAUGAUAGUAUAUGCUAAAACGUCUAUGCGUUUUCUUUUGAUCGAUUUUACUUCAUCGGGAGCACGAAGAAAAGUGCAUACGAUACUUUUGAUGCGUUUUUAAAGUUUCUGUUUUCUCGCCAUCUUAAUUUGUAAUAUUCGAAGCGCGAAGAAAUAUACGCUCAAAAUUUCUGUAAAAUAUAUUCAAAUAAAAUGACAUAUUUAAAAACUGGCACUUGCAAUUAAUCAAACAAAUUUGUAAAAUAAGCACUUGCCUUUUGUUCUAACAAUCAAUAAACAGCCGUAAAAUUAAUGUGACUAUAAAACGAUAGGUUAAAAUGAAGAAAAGAGGAUCACACAUUACAUUAAUUUUACAGUUGUUUGUUUAAACAAAAGAAAAAAAGUUGAAACUGUUUUACAAAUCGAUUGACUGCAAUUUUAUGCGUCUUUUUAUUUCAAAAAGUUUUACAAGAAUUUUUAACGAGUGUUUUCUCGCUUGUGAUGUGUCAUCAAUCAAGAAUUCGGCGGUGAGGAACCAGAAGCUUUAAUAUGAAAUUUACGCGAGUCUCACGACCCACAUAAUCGCAAGGGUGGAAAUUGUACAUAGAGGUAAUCGAGUCUGGGUACAUACAAGGCGCAAUUACGUCCCUGCGUAACGAGCCUUUCUUCGCAUGCACGUUCGCGCAAAACCUGUACGCCCAUGAAAACCUCGGAGGCUGCACCCGCCUCUGCUCGACCGCGUAAAAUGAAACGAGUUCUUAGCGCGAGCUGAGCUCCAGAAUUGACGUGAAACGAUGUAAAACGUGCCGCUCGAGCGCACAGACUUACGUUAUGCAGGCUGAGAAAUAUGCCGUUGAAAACGGGCAUUUCCGGAAGAAAAAUAUUUUCUCACGGAAGGCAUAGUAGCGAUUGUCUCAAGAAUUCAUUCGAUAGCAAUUGAACGAGGAGGCUACCGUUUGACAGACGGUCACAAUCAACACAGAAAUGUUAUUGCUGUAAAUAAAUUUACAAGUUGUACAACUCGUUGUACAUAUAAAAUCAUAUAAAUGAUGAAGUAACAUAACAAAGUGCUAGCGUUACGAUGAAAUGGCUAAUGGAUUUCUAAUGAACCGUGAAUACUUUCUGUACCUUCUUUCGAAAUUUGAAUACCUACAGCUCGUGAUGCAAAACGUCAAGGUUUCUGGGUAGUCGCCAUUUGGAUUGUGACGUCGAGGUAAGAAAUGACAAAAUUCUUUCGUGCUAUUUUCAAAUAAAAAGAUAUUUUGAGCGAAAAGAAUAAUUCGCUCGAACAAACUUGUAAAAUACUCCGAAAACUAUUCUUUUCUCUUAAAAAUCAACAAACAACCGUAAAAGUUACUUAACAAAACUAUGAGAAAAGAUAAAGGAAAAAGUUGCAUAUCACAUUAAUUACUUUAGUUCUUAUUACUAGUUAUUAUAAAUGAAAAUGGCAUGCAAGAAUUUCGAGCAUGCGUUUUCUCGCUUCUGAUGUCAUUAAUUAAGAUUUCCGCGACGAGGAACCAAAAGCUUUAAUUGCACAAUAUCGACUAGUAAAAACGAUGAAACAAAAUGAAUAAUACGACGAAUAAGUCUAACCUAAUCCCAAGUCGAGAAGCGAAAUUAGUCAAAAUAUGCGAAUAAUUUCGCUGUUCUCAGGUAAUUUUUCCUGCUUAAAAAAUUUGAUAAGAAUUGAUAGAAAACAUAAUUUCGUUAAAAUUUAAAAUCACUAUGUGACUUUUUUAUAUCGUAACUUAUUUUUAAUGAUUAAAUAUUUAUCUGAAUAUAUUUUUCUUCUGAUCUAAUUCUAUCAAAUUUUUUAAGCAGACUUCUAUACGUUAAGGACACGAAAAAAAAUUUCUUUAAUAAAAGAUCGUACCUACAGCUUAGUAUUUCUCAAAAGUGUCACGAAUAUUAAGACACGAGCGAAUUUCGGUCUGUUACGUGCAGAAUCAGCGUAUUCUUUAAGCACAAUAAUCUAUACGUAUCGAGAAUAUACGCUUGUAAAAUCUUUAAGGUCGACGUUUAGAUGAUAAACACACACACACACACACAUUAUUGUAUAUUUUGAUGAAAGUUAGAACGGUCUCUUUGACCAAUAUCGCCAUUACGCAUUACUUCUGCAUUGAGUUAUUAUUUAAUUGUGCCAUUAAAGUCACGCAGAAUUAAUCAAUCAACCGUGUCAAUUAAAUCUUCUGGCCUUGCCAGUUAAGAAAUUAUACUUUAUAUCGAAUUGUAUUCUCUUGAUACACUCUGCGUCUUAUUUUAUCUUUUACAGCAAUUACAAGUUAUUUUCAUUAAACUCUCCUUCGUUUCCUGUCA